AUGUCAAAACAGCCAGGAGCCAUCAAGCAAGCCUGGUACAAGUGGAAGAGUCUGCGUCUUCCAUGGCGACGAAAGUGGCUUGUCGAUCUCACUUCUUAUANNGCACAAUGGCAUCAGUGGUUGCGCCAGGUCCGCUUUGAAGCUCCUACGCUUCAGGAACAACAGUACGAGGUAUCCCGGCAAGCACAGAUGCGCCAACUGGCCGCUGCAGCAGACGAGCGAUGGGCUGCACAAGAAUCCUUCUUAGAUGCACCAUCAAAGCAACAACCUGCACCAGCUAUAGGCGUAAAGGAUCCCGCAGGAUACAUGCAUCAGAACCAGACUGAGCCUACUGAGAAUGAAGGCGUUAGAAGCGCGGUAGGUGACGCAAGUGAAGUUGAUGCUUCAACCGAGGGCAGAACCAAGGACGACGGCAGGUUCAAAGGCAGAACCAGAGACAAGGAGGCAAACCCGUGGAAGCAAGCACCAAAGGGUAAUCCAGGAGACGACUGGCAGCCACAGAGUUGGACUCCUGGUGUCAGCCGUAGAUGA